AUGCCAAGGCUGCCUUCCAUUUCGUCCUCGUUUCCGUCGAGUACGGAGCGAGUGCAACUCCAGGGCAUCGCCGAACAAUCGCGGCUAUUCUUGAAGCGGAUGGCGUACUCGCUGGCCACCGCCAAGCCGACAUGGGACGUCAUGGAAGCGGACAACAAUAUGGAGCUGUUUCACAUCAAAGACAAGAACAGCGGAACUGACGACAACGUGAUCAGCGUGUGUGGUGUCGCGGGUGUGUACGGCACUCUGUCGGAAGUGGCCGAUGCAUUGUUCAUCCCGCAGACUCUACCAGACAUGACUCGUCGCGGGCCCAAGACGUUCGUUGACGACAUUCUUGGCAGCCAGACGCUUCUUCGAGUGGACGGAAGGACAUCCGUAAAAUGGAUGGCAGUGCAAUGCGCGGACGGCAUGACCCAUCGCGACUUUGUCGUGUUGCAUUCGUGUGAACGCUUCCAAGACGUGGAAACCCGAGGCGUUGUCAUCUCGCUGCACUCGCUCGACUUUCCCGGCGCCCCGCCAUCCUUCGAGACGUCCAUCCACUCAGCGUACCGGUUCGUCCGCGGCGGCAUCUACCGCUCCGGCUUUGUGCUAUUGGAAAACUCGUCCACUCCUGGCAUCAUCGAUGUCAUGUCUGUGUUCAAGGUCGACUUCAAGGGCACGGACGUGCGCAGUAAACUCCCGAGGUCGGCCACCCUCGCGGCGUGGCUACAUUGGAUGGGCGAACUCAACAAGUAUCUGCUCUGCGCCAAGCUCCGCCGUGUGGGGGCCCCGCGGCUCCGGCGGCAGACGGCGCCAGUGUCGACGAGGGCCCGCCGGCAGUGCGAAUCGUGCGACGCGCCGUUCAAAUUCCACUUCCGUCCCCGCAAGCAUGACAGACGCCAGUGCAUGAUGUGCAGCGCCGUGCUAUGUAACGCGUGCACAGUCGACUUCUCAGAGUCCGCGGGCACGCCCACCACCGUCUUCUGCAUCCCGUGCCUGGUCAAGUGGAACCCCGAUGGCCCGAGCAUCAAGUUCAUCCAGCCGCCGUCCACGACCAUCGGGUCGUCCCCGGCGUCGUCGUCGUCAUCGUCGUCAUCCGUUCAACUUCGCUCCCAGAUGCACCACCGGUUCCCGGGUCCCACGACGCCGGCGUCAACAACAUCUCACAACCACAGUAGUAGUAAUCCCUGGAGCAGCGUCGACACCAACAUUCCCAUUCUGGGUGACGAAGGCGACUUGAACCUGUAUACUCUGCCGCCUCAUCCCCCAGCGGUGUCUGACACAGCCCUUCAUCGAUUAGACCACUUGGUACAGCUGGAGUCGCCGUCCCAGCAGCCGUCUGCCACUGACGACGACUCUUUUUGGGACGACGACACGCUGCCACGUCAUACAGCCGUGUUUGUUAGUCGGCCCAACGUUCCCAAUGACCGCGAUGCAUCGAAAGGGGGCGACGACCGCAUGGAACAACUCCGACGGCACUUGCAUGUGGCGGUGGCGGAUGUGGUGCGCGAGUCCAGCCGCGGCCACACCGCCGCCGCCAAACAAGCCCUGGAACGCCGAAACCAACUCAAACGACAAAUGAAACACCUGCACGAUUGCUCGUUGGGCGGCGCGCGACCGCGAGGUUCGAACGAACGAUCGACGUUGCGCGAGGACCUGCGCGCGUCGCAGGUAGAGCUUGCUGCCCUGCGAAGCAAGCACCCCGGCGACGGCGUUCCAGCGUUUUCCACGUCGUCCAUUGCAAAACUCAACCCACAUGACAUUGCCGCGUUGCAAGCAAAGUUAGACGGCCUCUUGAGUACGUCCACGUCCACCGUCAGCGAUGAAUCACUGGACGACAACAACAAAAGAGGGAGCUACGGCCAGACUUCGCCCGCCCAAGACAAGUGGAGGCGACACGGGCACUCGAACCACCAUCGCAUGGAGGACCCUACACUUUCCAAGUCAAAACACUCAUGCAUGAACGACAACGAUGUCGCAGAUAUGCCGGUGGAUCGCCUUCGGCUCAGCGACAUUCAGAUCUUCACCGCGUCCAAUAAACGGGUCGACAUGAAGGACUUGAACCAGUUAGACGACAUCCAUAGUUUUUCCCUUUAA